GGGGUCCAAACAAAGGGGUGUGGCUACUAUCCAAGAAAAUGGACAUACACAAUGCUGCCACGUUUGGUAACUUGAGUGCUUUAAAAAGUGCCAUCAGGAGGGGAGAGGAUGUCAACAGUGUGGAUGAGGAUGACUGGACUCCACUCCAUAGGGCAGCCAGUGAAGGUCACACUGACUGUGUUAAAGAGCUGCUCUCCUCAGGAGCCGUGGUGGACCUGGCUAACGAGGUUGGGCGGACUCCACUCCAGUGGGCAGCCAGGGGAGGUCACACUGACUGUGUUAAAGAGCUGCUCUCCUCAGGAGCCGUGGUGGACCUGGCUACCAAGAUUGGGAACACUCCACUCCAGAGGGCAGCCAGGGAAGGUCACACUGAUUGUGUUAAAGAGCUGCUCUCCUCAGGAGCCGUGGUGGACCUGGCUAACAAGAAUGGGGACACUCCACUCAUACAGGCAGCCUUCUGGGGACAGGAAGAUACUGUGAAGGAGCUUCUCUCAUCAGGGGCUUCUCCUCUCUGCACUAAUAAAUAUGGAAAUACUGCUCUGAUGGUGGCCAAGGGAUCAUAUUCCCUUAACCCUUCAAUAAUCAAAUUGCUUGAGGAAGCUGCUGCAUCACAUUCACGUCCGCAGUCUGUUCCAGUCCUACCCAAGAACUGGACUGUCGUUACUGACACAGAAACGAAGAAGCCAGUCUACCAGAACAAGGCAGCAGGGGAAACUCUGUCCACACCACCUGGAUAUCCCCUGCACCAAACCUCCGCACACCCUGAUGUCACUUUUUACGACGAGCCUCAAGAGAAGGAGUUCACCUCCAGUGGUGGCCAUGCUGACUUUGACAAUGGAGUUCAAGUGACUGUUCCAGCUAAUGCUGUCCCAGCAGGGACCUCUGUGGGCAUUAAAGUCCAACCCAGCCUUGCUUCCAAUGACGUGUUUGUGAUCCCUGAGGGCAUUCAGUCUGCCAGUCCGUCCUACUUGAUCUCUGGUGAAGGUCUAAACGGAGAGGUGACCCUGAGCAUGGAGCAUCAUGUACGAGUGUCCACCCAACAAGAAGCUGAUGACCUCCUCUUUCUCCAAGCUGACUCGUCUCCUAAGAGAUCUGGUUCUCAUAGUGUCUAUGAGUACCAGGAAAUACCAGAGGGGAGGUCAGAGUUCACUCCUGGAGGGAACACUGGGAGACUGACGCUCGGCACACGGCUGAAGAACUUCUUCAAAAUUGGACGGAAAAAUAGAGGCAACACAGACAGUAACCUCUACACUGUCAGAGUCUACCGGUCUCCUCCACAAACAACUGAGGACAGGAUAGCCAUCAUUGUAGCCAGUCUCUGUGGGAGCUUAUACGCUAAGUUUCUAAAGAAACUUGAUAAUGUGAUCAUCCCACGAGACUAUCCCAAUGUGUCGAGAGAAGUGGCUGACAGGACGACUCAAGGACCACUGACGUUUGUUGAUAUGUGUGCUACUCUCAACAUUCACCCAGUGCUGGGAUGGUCUGUGGAACCAGACAAGGAAUUGAUCUUACGUAGUGGAGUGGAUCAGCCUGAGGUGGAGAAGUUCAGACCUGAGGAUCUCCACGACUACCCUCCCAGGAUAAUCUGCAGGCUCUUCCCUGAGAAGAAUGCUCCCAAGAGAACCACCUGUACCAUCUCCUUGUCUGGACUACUGCCACAGGUCAAAGUUAACCUACCAUUGAAAAUACUCACCCCCAAAGUUGCUGUGGAUACUACUAAACUACAGGAGACCACUGAUGAGUUGAGAAGGUCUGCCCGGGCAGUGAGUGACACACAACUUGGCUCUACUGUGAAGAGUGUAGUGUCUCUGAUGGAGAGAAUGACUGCUGCUCUGAGGGCAUCUUCUCUGAGUGAUCUGACAGGCCACACUGACUCCAUACGGACAGAGAUAAAAGCUGUCCUUGUAGUGACCAGGAGGGUUGUCGAGGAGUGCACAGUACAGAGCAUCAGUGAGAACAUGGGAGCCAGUCUCUCUAAGAUGGAGACUUUAUCUCACCAGCUUUGUCAUGUGGCCAAGGUUAAAAUCAGAUAUUGUCUAGACCAGUCAGAGGAGACAGCUGCUCUUGUUGACCUGGUGGAGAAUGGAGCUAAUCUGUUGAGAGCUGUGGACUGUCUACUCAGGGACAUCCACACACUCAGUGGAGUCAGUGGCCUGGCAGAGAGGAUAGACAUUGAACACCCUCUACUCAACAACGAGAUUGAGACAACAGAGUUCAUACAUUUGGCGGCUUAUUUCGACAACGUGAUAAUGUACUCUCUAGCGUUGGGUCUCACUCCUGCUCAGCAAGCUGAUGUGAGGCAGAUUAAAGUUUUAGAAGACACACAAACGGCCAUGAUGCAAUGCUUGUCCCUAUGGCAGAGGAGUAACCCAGCUGCUGCAACAUAUAGAGCUCUAAUUAAAUUACUCCAAAAGAUAAGAAAAAAUGAAAUUGCUAAUAAAGUGUUUAAACAUUGCCUAGAGAAGGAACAAUGAACUGUACACUUUAUCAUAAUUAUAAUUAUUGUUAUUUUAGCCUUAUUUGUUUUGUGCUUGUUAUUUAUGAAUCGGUUUGUUUGUAUUAUAAUUUGUGAAUGUCUUGAUCAUAAUUUGUAUAAUUAUAAUUAUGUGUAG